AAGGACCCAGCACCAAGCACCCCUGAUUACAAGCCGCGUGCUCGUCCUCGAGUCGUUUUUUCCCUAGGGGCCUUGCGAAGGAGAAAAGAACUGACAGCAAAAUACCCGGUGACCGCAGGGAGAGAGAAAUUGCAUCACUUCCUUUCAUCUCCCUUCCUUCUCGUUCGUUUCUUUUGCCAUCCUUUAUCACACCAGCCCGCGGGUCCGGUCGACUCUCGCUGCAUGCAGCCGCACCUGGGGCUCCAGUCUGUGUCGAUUCCGCCUGUUUGGCGUCCCGUGAGGAGUCGGAGCUGCGAGCUUCAGGUUUGACUUGCUACAUCAUAUCUCAGCCUGGCAUUUCACAAGAUAUAAGGCUGCCCUGCAAAGGAAACGCGCGAGUUCUCUACUCACCUAGCCAGGGUCUGUUUCCUUUCUUUCCUCUCAACACCUCAACCACGACUGCUGCGGGAUAUCACUCAGUGUCGAGUCUUUCACAGCAUACACAAUGCCGUCGAGGUUUACCUAUCAGCCCGUUCGGGAAUACCAUGUGGUAGUUUUAGGCGCAGGUGGUGUCGGGAAGAGUUGCUUGACUGCCCAAUUUGUCCACAAUGAAUGGAUUGAGAGCUAUGAUCCGACAAUCGAGGAUUCAUACAGGACGCAGGUGACUGUUGAUGGACGGCAAGUAGUACUCGAGAUCCUCGACACUGCAGGAACAGACCAAUUCGUCGCUAUGCGCGACCUGUUCCUCAAAUCGGGGCAAGGGUUUAUUCUAGUCUUUAGCAUCGCCUCCCGCAGCUCGUUUGAUGAGCUCGCGAUCUUGAAAGAAGAGAUUCGCCGCAUCAAAGACGACGACACGGUCCCGAUUGUGAUAGUGGGCAACAAGGCCGAUUUGGAAGAUCAGAGGGCGGUGGAUAGGGCGACGGCGUUUGGCGUUUCGAGGAGUUGGAACGCGCCGUAUUAUGAGAGCAGUGCUAGGACGAGGACGAAUGUGGACGAGGUGUUUAUCGAUCUUUGUCGGCAGCUGUGCAGGAGGGAAGACAUGCUGGAGAAGCAGGCGAGGGAUGAGUUGGGGCAGAAGAUGAGUGAUGAGGCGGCGAAGAAGAGGAGGAGGAGGAGGAGGAGGAAGGAGAAGUGUGUGAUUCUUUGAGAGGUGGGGGUCAUGGAUUGGGGAAGGGACUACGAGGGUUUUGAAACAUGUGGGAAUGAAGCUAGGCUAUGAUUGGGAUUGGCGAGGUAGUUGGGCGGGCGGGAUAUUUAUCUUAAUUGUACUUGUGUGUUUAUCCUGAACGGGAAUGGGGAACGAUACUCUUGGAGCCAGAUGGGGAGGCGCGAGUCGUUUGAGUUUUCUGGAAUCUUUACACAGUCUUAUAUGCUGAGGGAGUGAGUGUGGAGUGGUUUGGCAUGGAACUUCAUUCAUGACGGGGGGAACGCAAGCACAAUUCACAAACGCAAAAGACAAAUGGGGGAUAUAUACUCGGAUUUAGCGCAAGCGUAGGAG